AUGGCCGGUCUGACUCUGAGUAGUAGUAGUAGUAGUAGUAGUAGUAGUAGUAGUAGUAGUAGUAGUAGUAGUAGUAGUAGUAGUAGUAGUAGUAGUAGUAGUAGUAGUAGUAGUGGUAGUGGUAGUGGUAGUGGUAGUAGCAGUAGCAGUAGCAGUAGCAGUAGCAGUAGCAGUAGCAGUAGCAGUAGCAGUAGCAGUAGCAGUAGCAGUAGCAGUAGCAGUAGCAGUAGCAGUAGCAGUAGCAGUAGCAGUAGCAGUAGCAGUAGCAGUAGCAGUAGCAGUAGCAGUAGCAGUAGCAGUAGCAGUAGCAGUAGCAGUAGCAGUAGCAGUAGCAGUAGCAGUAGCAGUAGCAGUAGCAGUAGCAGUAGCAGUAGCAGUAGCAGUAGCAGUAGCAGUAGCAGUAGCAGUAGCAGUAGCAGUAGCAGUAGCAGUAGCAGUAGCAGUAGCAGUAGCAGUAGCAGUAGCAGUAGCAGUAGCAGUAGCAGUAGCAGUAGCAGUAGCAGUAGCAGUAGCAGUAGCAGUAGCAGUAGCAGUAGCAGUAGCAGUAGCAGUAGCAGUAGCAGUAGCAGUAGCAGUAGCAGUAGCAGUAGCAGUAGCAGUAGCAGUAGCAGUAGCAGUAGGAGUAGUAGUAGUAGUAGUAGUAGUAGUAGUAGUAGUAGUAGUAGUAGUAGUAGUAGUAGUAGUAGUAGUAGUAGUAGUAGUAGUAGUAGUAGUAGUAGUAGUAGUAGUAGUAGUAGUAGUAGUAGUAGUAGUAGUAGUAGUAGUAGUAGUAGUAGUAGUAGUAGUAGUAGUAGUAGUAGUAGUAGUAGUAGUAGUAGUAGUAGUAGUAGUAGUAGUAGUAGUAGUAGUAGUAGUAGUAGUAGUAGUAGUAGUAGUAGUAGUAGUAGUAGUAGUAGUAGUAGUAGUAGUAGUAGUAGUAGUAGUAGUAGUAGUAGUAGUAGUAGUAGUAGUAGUAGUAGUAGUAGUAGUAGUAGUAGUAGUAGUAGUAGUAGUAGUAGUAGUAGUAGUAGUAGUAGUAGUAGUAGUAGUAGUAGUAGUAGUAGUAGUAGUAGUAGUAGUAGUAGUAGUAGUAGUAGUAGUAGUAGUAGUAGUAGUAGUAGUAGUAGUAGUAGUAGUAGUAGUAGUAGUAGUAGU